UCGGAGCUGCGCGCGCUUGUGGAGCUCGUGCGGGGAUGGACUGUAGGCUGUAAGCUUUUUAUACAGCGUGUAGGAUUGACGCACGGGAAGCACUGAGCCUUUUCCUCUAUCCGAUGUGACACUGACUGGGGCAUGAGGGAAAAAAAUCACAGCUUUUCCUCAGCAGGAGGCAGCUCUCUGAAAGCUGGAUAACGCUCGCGCGCCGAGGAGAGCCAUGCUCCCAAUGGAUUUAUUAUUUUUUCCGCCAGCUCUCGUGCGGAUCUGUGUUUUUAUCCCCGCGUGCGAUCUAGGCGCUCCUCUAAGGAAAACUUUAAAGAUUUAAAGUAAACAGCAGCCCGUUAAAGCGGCCAGUGUAACUGCACGUGAGGGUGACGGCUUUAAGGACCGCGUCUCGCUAUUGCGCAAUACGAGGAGCGCAGCUUGUCAUGAUCAUGACCGGAUUACCUUUUCUGCAGCUGACCUUUUUCUCAGCCCGUAGAGGAUGCUGAUGAGGAGCUGCUGAAGAAGACAGCAUCCAUCCCGUUAAACUAGCCUACUUAAUCCAGGAGUGGGGCAAGAUCUCUACCUGCCAUUCCAGGCUGAAGGAAAAGGCGCAGAGCAGAGACAGGAGUGCAGUUUGGGUCAGGCGGGAUUGGCAGAAGAAUGCUGGUCCCAGGCGUCUGGGGGCAGGAUGGCGUCGUGUUGGCAGAGCGCUCUGGGUGUUAGAUGGUUCCUCUUGAUGCUCGUGUGGCGCUGGGCACCUCUGGGUGCUCUGAGCUGGCUCCUGGCCUCAGCUGAGCGCCCUGAGCCUUUAUCUUUCUCCUCUCUGCCUGGCAAGGCAAGUGUGGCUCAGCUUGACUGGCUCCUGUCUGACAAGGGUCCUUUCCACCGUUGCCCGGAGUACACCGAAUUCAAGGAGCGCUUUCAACAGGGCUUCUCAACACGAUACAAGAUCUACAGGGAAUUCAGUCACUGGAAAGUGAACAGGUUGGCUACAGAGAAGAGAGAUUUCUUCAAGGCUCCACUGCCUCUGUCUCCUGAAUUCCUACGCAACCUCAGGCUACUUGGAAGGAGGCCGACACUCCAGCAGAUCCAUGAAAACCUGAUCAAGAAAUACGGCACUCACUUCUUAGUAUCUGCCACGCUUGGGGGCGAGGAGUCUCUCACCAUCUUCCUGGACAAACAGAAGCUCAGCAAGAAGUCUGAGGUUAACGGCAACAGCUCGACUGUGUCUCUGGAAAUCCUGCACCAGCUGGCUGCAUCUUAUUUCACUGAUAGAGAGAGCACCCUCAGGAGGCUCCACCACCUACAGAUCGCCACCUCAGCCAUCAAGGUAACAGAGACCAGAACAGGGCCUCUGGGAUGCAGUAACUACGACAGCCUGGAUUCUGUCAGCUCAGUGCUGGUGCACAGCCCGGAGAAUAAAAUCCAUCUGAAAGGUUUACAGGAUGUUCUCCCUGACUUCCUGCGCAACCGCUUCGUGGAGGCAGCACUCAGCUAUGUGGCAUGUAAUUCCGAGGGCGAGCUCUUGUGCCGCAACAACGACUGCUGGUGUCGAUGUUCUGCCAAGUUCCCUGAUUGCAACUGCCCCUUCUUGGAUAUCAGAGCCAUGGAAGAGAGUCUUCGGAAGAGCAGGGAGGCCUGGAUCACCUUGAAUAAUGAGUUUAUUGAGUCAGAUGAGUUUAAGACCUUUCUAAAGAAGCUGCCCACUGAUCACUUUCUGAAUACUACGGCUAUCCUGAAGUUCUGGAGUUUGGACACAGCCUUGCAGAGACGCCAUGCUCAGCUGGAGACCAGCACUAAACUAAUCUUUGGCAAAGCCAGCAAAACAGUGCGGAAACUCUUCACCCUCAGCAAGCGCUGUCCCAAACAGCCAAAGAUCAGCCUGCCCAGAGAAAGGACAUUGGGUUUCUGGUUGAACAGAGUUCAGUCUCUGUUGUACUGCAACGAGCAUGGAGGUCUGGGCUCCUUCUCAGAGGAAGUGCAUUACUGCUUGUGUCCUACAGAACAGGGCAGUUCCUGCCAGGGUACAGUUCCAUGUCAGGUGGGUGAGGGCACACUGUGUUCCUUGUGUGCCCCGGACAAUGUAACCCGCUGUGGCACAUGCAUGCCUGGAAGCUUCCUGCAACUGGGUUCAUGUCGGCCAGCCGUGGCCAUCUCUCUGGACCACUAUGUGAACUUUGACCUGGACAUGGUGGAUGCAGAGGUACACCACCUUCUACAUCGUCUGGAUGGCCGCCUGGAAGUGCGCGCAAUCUACAUUAGCAACGAUGUGCGCUUGGGAAGCUGGUUCAACCCAGCGUGGCGCAAGCGCAUGCUGCUUACACUCAAGAGCAACAAGAACAAGUCCAACCUGGUGCACAUGCUCAUGGGAAUCUCUUUCCAGAUCUGCACCACACAAAACAGCACGCUGGAGCCUGUGCCUGCCAUCUACGUCAACCCGUUUGGGGGAAGCCAUUCAGAGAGCUGGUUCAUGCCCGUCAAGCAGAAUGACUUCCCUGACUGGCAGCGAACUAAACUGGACUCGCCACUGCCAUGCUACAAUUGGACGCUGGUGCUGGGCACUAAAUGGAAGUCCUUCUUCGAGACAGUUCAUGUCUACUUGCGCAGCCGUAUCCUCACAGAUGACCCGGGUGUCAAUGAGACGCUCUUCUAUGAGCCGUUGGAUAUGGACUCCGCUAACCUGGGGUACAUGAAGAUCAACAGUCUGAGGGUAUUCGGUUAUAGCAUGCAAUUCAAUGCUGAUGGUGUCAAGGAGCUGAUCUCACAGUUGGACUACCCGUACACACAGGGCACACAGGACGCUGCUUUUCUGGCACUGAUGGAGAUCCGCGACCGUGUAAAUCGGCUCACGCCACCUGCCGAGCGUCCGUUCGACCUCUUCUCCUGUCUGCUUCGCCACCGACUCAAGCUCUCAGCCAGUGAGGUGGUGCGUGUCCGCGACUCGCUUCACAGCUUCGGUGCCAAGUUGCCCAGUUCCUCCAAACCUGAACUCGCCCAGCUGUGCAGCUAGCUCAUACAAUUCUCUCCUGCCUGGGAGUUUGUGUGUGUGUGUGUGUGAAUUGCAAAUGAGAAAGAGGGAGAAUUCAGCCAGCUGUGCAGCCAGCUCACGUGAUUCUCUCCUGCACUUUCCUCUACUAUUUUAUCUGACUUCUGAAAUCUUCUAUUGAAAAGUUGUAUAUACUGUAUUUAACAAAGGACUGCGAUGCCCUUAUGAAAUGGAAUCUUUGUAUUCAGAAAUGUGGUUGACUGAAAUAUCAAGGCAUGAAUGGUAAGUUUGUUUAUACAUCUUUUUUGAAGCUAGCUUGGAUAAUACUCUCCAGCCAGGGUGUGUGUGUGUGUGUGUGUGUGUGUGUGUGUGUGUGUGUGAAUAUGAAAGAGAAAGAGAGAAAAAGAACACGACCAGCUAUGCUUCUAAGUUGUGUGAUUCUCUCUUGCUUAUGCGUGUUUGUGUUUGUCAGAAUGUGAAUGAAAAAGGCAGGGCAGAGCGGUAAAAAAGAUUAUUUUGGAAAUGAGUGGCCAUGUUCUUGUGGGUUUGUUUUUCUAAGCCUGCCACAUCUAAGCAGCAAAACUGAACUAACUGUAAGUUGUGACUGACACACGAAUAGCGAGUGCGUCUACAUCUGAAUGUUAAGCAAAUUUAACACAGACUUAAUCAAGUUGUGCUUUUGAGUGAAGCUUGAAGCGACAGAACUGCAUCCUGGCCUUUUCCGUGGAACAAUGUAAAAACAUGACAUGUCUGCUCUUUUUCUAUGUGUUCGGAGAUGUUCGGUAUCAUUUGGUUACUCUAUUUGAAAAAGGGCAUAGUUGAUGAAGAUGACAUUCGUAUAAAUUUAAUGGUGAAAAAUUUGGUUAUACAGUAAUAGCUUCAAGACACAGGUUUACUUUACUUUUCUAUUUUUAUCUGACGUCCUAAAUCCUGUUAUUGAGAGAUGUUUCUCUGUAUUUAUUACUGGAUUGAGAUGCUCUUAACAGAUUCUUCAUAUUGAGAGAUAUGACAAAAAAAAAAGAAAGAAAGAAAAAAAAAAAGAUUAACAUCAUGGCAAAACUGUCUUAUUUAUAAAUGUUUCAGUCUUUCAGAUGUUGAUCUUAUAAUAACAUUACAUUGUGGGCAGCUUUGUAAAUAUCGCUCUGUCAUUAAUACUCAUUCAGGAUGUGAAAGCUGCACAUUGCUCUAUUAAAUAUAAAUGGCUCCUCAUCACUCUUAUGAAUUGAAUGAAUUUGUACUUUUUGGAACAGGCAAAGACCAAAAACAUUUCUUACUCAACAAAAACACGUAUCUGUUGCCUUAUGAAGUGGAGUUUGUGUUCGGAUAUUAAAGCACACUUGGUCAGCUGUGUCGUUAUUUCAAGAAAAAAAGAAAAAAAGAAAAAAAAUGUGUUGCUUCUUUUUGCCUGAGUUCACUUUUCUUCUAUGUUUUAUUUCCCCAACUCUGAUUUUAAUUACAGUAUCUAAAAAUCUGUUUUAAAAAAUAUAUAUAUUAUUGACAUCCUGUGUGAGAAAUAGACGUAUCUGCUCUGUACAAAACCACAAAGUCUCUGUUAAAGAACCUUCGUUAAUACCUGUGUCAUAACAUUUCCAGCAGUUUCUCAUCCACUAAUUAACUCCUCUCAGUGACUCAUGCCAUAUACAUUGAAAUUCCUUGACGUGUCUGUUAAACUAAAAGCGAUCAAGCAUGAGGUUAUUUAAUGUGUUUUAUGGUCAUUUUGCAUUAAUGUCCUUCAUAACACACGUGUGGCACAAUAGAGCACUGAAUGUUGUUAGCGUGGACAAAUGCUCAUUUUGCAAGACCACGUUCAUCACCACAGUGUUUUGAUUUGAGCUGUGGAAACCUUGAGCUUGUCAGCACGUCCUUCUCAUCAAUGCCUGAAAUUACCAGCUUUAUGUUAGGAUGAGACAAAUGUUCUUGUCAUAUAAAUAGCAGCAUUAAUUAGGCGAGGAAGCAAUUUGCUAGAUUGUCACUAAGGCCUGCAAAAUCUCUGUCUGUCAGAACUAAGUCACUGAGCAGCCUGAGUAGGAAAGAAAUCUAUGUGUAGGAUGAAGUCUGCGGCUAUACACCGUUCAUAUUUAUUAUUUCAUGCUCGUUCUUCAGCUAAUCAUCGAGGUGUGGGAGAGCCGGCGAUUAAUCAUGAAGUUCUUGUGUAACUAUGGCUGCUCUCUGAUGGAGAAAUAAACGUGGGGAAUAUUCAUGUGAUUGAUUAUUUAUGAUGGUUGUAUUGCCUUUGGGCAUGAGGUUGUUUAUGCACUGAAUUUAUGAAAUAUAUAAUUGUGCAGGAUUUAGAUCCUGCAUUUACUUUCCCUCCUGAGAAACAUGUCUCAUCUAAUUAUGCCAGCUACAUACAUACUGUAGCAGCCAGAAUUACCUGUAUGAGAUCCCUUAAGUGCUUUACUCAUAAAUUCCUGAUUCAUAACAGAAAACUGUCUCCCAGGUUCGAGCGCUCUGAUGUGGAACCCUGCAUUAAAACCGUUUAUUAAAAAAUUUUUCAUCUAAAUUCAUUAAAAUGCCAAGUAGCAGGAUUUUUUCGUUUAUCAUCAAUGACAUUAAAGAUUUGCGCUAUGUAGUCAGUAUUUUUUUUUUUUUUUCAUUUUCAUUUUAUUUUAUUAUUUUAAUUUUAUAUAUUUUUCAUUUAACUUUUAAUUUAAUUUUUUAAUAAACACUCAAGACCAGAUUUUUGUUUGUUUGUUUGUUUUUUAAUUGAAUAAACAUUUUGUUUGUUUGUGUGGACAUUUAUUUACUUGUUUGUUCAUUUUUCAAAAUUAUUUUGAAUUGAAUUUUUUGAAAUUCUUAUUAACUAUUGUCCAGUAUGAGUUUGAGCAUCUUAAUCUCAAUUUAAAUGAGUUUCCUGCAUGUGUUCAGAAAGUUCAGAUGCCGGUUUCCAUAACCAUGCUGAAUAAAUGAUUUAAGAGAGAGAGAGAGAGAGAGAGAGAGAGAGAGAGAGAAAGAGUGAGACAGAGUGAGAGAGAGACAGAGUGAGAGAGAGAGAGAGAGACUGAGAAAGAGAGAGAGUGAGAGACAGAGAGAGAGAGAGUGAGAAAGAGAGAGAGAGAGAGAGAGAGAGAGAGAGAGAGAGCACAAUUUAACAUGUUCUACAUCUCCUGCAAUAAAAAAUUACUUUCAGUGUUGCCUAACAAAAGUUCUGUCUAUCACUACUGCUCACAAGUUUGGCCUAGUACUUAGCAGCACCAGCUGUCACAACUGAAGUGUCUUAUCACGUCUUUCUUUUUAACGGAGGUUGUCGUCAUUCUGGAUUUCUGAGAAGUAGCUCCCCAGGCUGCAACUGGCUUCACUUAAAAACCAUUAGCAGAAAUGGGGUUUAAGCCUCACAGCUUUCAAUUGCCGAUUUUACAGUUCUUACGAUUAAACACACCGAAAAUUGCAGCAAGGCUUUGUUGAAUUUAAAAGUAGCAUUCAGGCAGUAAGGUUGAGAUUAUUAUUCAUUUACAUCCUAAAGGUGUAGUAACUAUUCCCCUGUCAGUCAGACAGACUUCCGUUUUUCUUUCAGGUGGAUUGUGCCGUAUAACUCGAGUCACUCAGCAGAGACUUAAAAAAUGUUUUGAACCUUUAAGCCUCCCUUGAUUUGUCCUUCUGGGAAAACCCAGAAAAAUUCUUGGUAGAACCCUAUAACAGAACAUUUACCUAUUCAGAGAACAUGGAAAUUCAUAAAUGCUGCAAAUUUACCACUGCUUUUACUUAUUAUUUUGUUUCAUUGUCUUAAAAAUGAAAUAUUAAAAUCACAGGAACGUACUAGUAGAGAAACCGGGCAAUUUAGUGCAAUCUGUGAUGUGAUUAGGGCCUACGUGUGGAUUUAUUGGUGUGUUUUGAGGUGUGUAAACAUUUGACAUGGCUAUUAUUAAGAACACAGGUCAUCGACUGGGAAAAAAAACCCUGCAUAAUUUAGCAAGUCUAGUUUAGUAAACAUGGCUGCUCAGUUGAGACUUAUUGUGGUGACUUACACACAUUUAUGUAAAUGAUUUUGCUGAAGGCGGCUCAUCAAAAAGAGAAAGCGUUUCCACAGGCUUUCAUUUAUUUUAUUUCAUUUAAAUCUCUCUGGUCUGCUGAUUAGUGAACACAGCUAUUUAAAAUGAAAACAACAUUUAAACAGGACUGGACCCGUGAGAAAUCUGGGUUUAUUCUCCUCUGCUUCCAGUUUAAACCUGGAUGUUUGUUCAGAGUCUGUGGUGCUAGUCAACAGUGUUAAUGUAAAGUGCCAGUGCAAAACAAAACAGAACCACUUCAAAUUGAUGUGUCUUAUUUAUAGCCAUGACCUAAACAACUUUUAGCACCGUUUAAACAUGUUAGGUUCCUUUUUUUAAAGACUUUUAUGUCGGUGGACCUUUACACACUUGAAGAGUUUGCCUUUCUCUUGCUGAUUGGUCAGAAACUAGCCUUGUACUGCAGCACUUCCCGACUGGGCCUUUAUUGGAUUGUAGUUUGGUUUCAGACCUUUUCCAUAUCCUCAUUUCAUAUCCUGCAUAUCCUUUCAUAGCUACACACACACACACACACACACACACACAGAAAUCACAAACUAUACUUAACUUUAGAGUGUCUCAUCAAAAAUGCCUUCAACCUCUCUGUAUUGUCUCACUGGGAAUUAAUGAAUAAACGCUUACCAAUAGCUGUCAGUGUCCAGAACCAAAGUGCUGAAUGUAAAUACUCACUCCAUUCAUUCAAUAUCCAGAUACGAUAUAGCUCGAUGAAGAGCAUGAGUUAUCAGCAUGCAGUCCAGCAGACAGGAUUCUUUUGCUGAUAUGAGUUUGGUUUGUACAUUUUCCCAUGUAUAAUGUACUAGAUGCAGAUACCCUGAUCCAGACAGACCGGCCAUGAAAUGAAACACUGAACUUUCUACUCUUACUAUUUGAUCAAAGCAGAUUGUUUCUCUCAGUGUUUUAACAGGAUGUAAAUGUUCUUAUAUUAAAUAAUAAAAAGUGAUGGAAAUCUUUUACCCUGCAAUGUCUGUAAUAAAUAUACUGUUAUGGAUAUGUGUGAAACAUUUUUAUACUAUCAUCAGACGCCUUACAUUUUAUAUCCAGUCCACUGGUAUGUAUUAAUCUAAUGUUCUACAGAACGCCUUUCUUACUGGUUGGUUCUUGCUGUCAAAAACAGGAAUAUUUUAACAACUAUUUGGGUUCCUCUUUACAUUCUACUGGCUUUUUGUUAUAACAUUUUUUCUUCCUGAAAAUCGCAAAAAUGAAUAGCCAUUCAAGUUGUCUUCUGAGGCAUGAAGAU